GAAAAAAAUUGCAUAAAUAUCCCGUUAGUCAAUCCAAAAGACAUCAUUUUACCUCCGUAGCACAUAAAAUUGGGCUUAAUAAAGCAAUUCGUGGAAGCACUUAAUAAAAAUGGAGCAAUAUUCAAAUACCUUGAAUAAGGGUUUCCACGAAUUACGGGCAGAAAAUUAAAAGAAGUGUUUACGUGUAUUAAAACUUGCUUCACACUUUCAAAUAACUCAGUAAUAUUUUUGAAAAUGGGGUGUCAUCAGUGUCUGUUAAUUUCCGCGAUAUCUGUUAUAAUUUUCGGCAUAACCGACAUAAAUGCUUCGCGUUUCUUUAGCGUAGAGCUUUCCGGAGCAAAUGUUACUUAUUUUGACCGAGAAGUUUUGAAAUGCAUGAAUUUACGUAUAUACAAUCCAAAGUUGGCUUCAAUGGAUUUUACUUUGGCGAAAGACCUAUCCAAAUUUAACUUACAUUUCCUUUUGAACAUCAUACGAAAAGAUGAGCGUCAAAAUAACAUAAUGAAUGUAACAAUGUCUGGAUGCGAGGCUUUAGCAUACAACAAGAAUGGCAAUUUCCUAAAGAUAGUACUUCGGGAGGUACAUCGUGUCUCCAAUUUGCCAAAGAAGUGUCCACUUUUGAAGCGAUUAUUCACCGUUGAAUUUUCCAAUGCAAGUGUAACACAUUGGGAUGCGGAAUUUUUACAGAGCCUGAAUUGCCGUUUAUACAGUCCAAAAGUUAUUUACGCUGAUUUCCAAUUCGUCAGAGACUUGUACAGUUUUGCAAUUAAUGCUAAGCUUGACUUGAUUAAAAAAGAUAAUCGGCAUACCAGUCUAAUGGAUAUUUCAAUGUCGGGCUGUGAGUUUUUGAACGGCAUCAAAAAUGCAAAUCUCAUUAAGGUUAUAUAUCGAGAAGUUGUUCGGGUAACAAAUUUACCAAAGAAAUGCCCAUUUUCGAAGGAUACCAUUUACACCCUAAAAAACUUUACAUUAAAGGAUAAUGACUUUCCUCCUGUCAUUCCCACGGUUAUUUGGCAAAUGCAGAUCGAGUUUACCACUGCGAACAAAACGAUAGCAUCCAUCGUCAUAGAUGGACGAGUACGAAAAUUUUAAAAUGAAAUAUAUUUAUCACAGAAAAAAUUUAAUAAUUAUACCAACGAGUAAACAUUA